AUGAUUCAUAGUUUAUUUAUUAUCAAUGCUAGUGGUCAAACAAAAUGUGUAAAUUCUGAAAAUGUUCCACCUGUGAUUGCAACACCGCAUCAUUAUUUAAUUAAUAUUUAUCGAAAUAGUCUGUAUUUUGUUGCUGUUCUAACUACAGAAGUUUCACCACUAUAUGUUAUUGAGUUUUUACAUCAUAUUAUGGAUACUUUUGAAGAUUAUUUUGGUGAAUGUACCGAAACAACACUAAAAGACAAUUAUGUUAUUGUUUACGAGUUAUUGGACGAAUUGCUUGAUAGCGGUUAUCCAUUAGCGACAGAAUCAAAUAUUCUAAAAGAACUUAUCAAACCACCAAAUAUUUUUCGUAAAGUGACUGAUUUGGUCACUGGAAAUAAUACAAAUAUUAGCACAACAUUACCAUCUAGCCAAUUAUCAACUAUACCAUGGCGUCGUACAGGUUUAAAAUAUACUAGUAAUGAAGCUUAUUUUGAUUUAAUAGAAGAAAUAGACGCGAUUAUAGAUAAAAAUGGGACAACAGUGAUGUGUGAAAUUCAAGGCUAUAUUGAUUGUUGUGUGAAAUUAUCUGGCAUGCCUGAUUUGACAUUAUCAUUUGUUAAUCCACGUUUAUUAGAUGAUAGCGAUCGUGUGCUCUCAUUUGUACCACCACAUGGAAAUUUUCGCUUGAUUUCUUAUCAUAUCGGAUCACAAAAUGUAAUAUCUAUUCCAAUCUAUGUAAAACACAAUGUUCAAUUUCGUGAUGGUAGUGGUGGAAGAUUUGAACUAACUGUUGGUCCAAAACAGACAAUGGGAAAAACGUUAGAAUCCGUUAUUAUUGAAAGUGUAAUGUCGAAAAGUGUGCUCAAUUGUACAUUAACACCGUCACAAGGAAAAUACACAUUUGAUCCAGUUAAAAAACUACUCUUAUGGGAUGUAGGAAAAAUUGAAAGUUCAAAUCCAUCAAACGGUCUGCCAACAUUGAAAGGAAACAUUGUUUUACAAAGUGGACAACCAAUACCAGAAUCAAACCCAAUACUAAACAUACAUUUUACAUUGAAUCAGACAGCUAUAAGUGGAAUAAGAGUGAAUCGUGUGGAUAUGCAUGGUGAAAAAUAUAAACCAUUCAAAGGUGUAAAAUAUAUUUUCAUGGGAAAACGCGGUCGAAAAGCUCUUAAAACAGAUUCGAAUACAAAAUUAGAAAAAAGUCGUCAGAGUGCAAGGGAAUGUCGUCAUCGAAAAAAAUUACGUUACGAAUAUUUGGAAGAGUUAGUAUCAGAUCGUGAAAAGGCCAUCUAUUUAUUGCAAUGUGAACUUCAACAGCUCCGUACAGUUUGUCAACAACUGGAUCAAGGUAAGAUGACAACUGACAUUCAAGCUGAAUUAAAUAAAUGGAAAGAAGAUCCAGAAUUAGUCAAAUAA